UUGGAUGCGAUCCGCCAACCCAAUCACAAAGAAGAAGAAGACGAAGAAGAAGGAGCAAACAUUUCGCUGCGCCUGCAGAUCUGUGUACUCGACCAAAUAAACCUUGAUUUGAUCGAUAGUCCCCAACUUGACAAAAACGAUCCGCUCGAACGCGCCCUUAGUUGAAGUGGUCACGUUACUUUCUUUUUUUGUUGAUACACGAGUUCACCAGAGAAGUAAAACGCUGCAGUCACUUCCUCUGACAUGGCCUCGCCUGCACCUGGAGCGGGAUUCCAGAACAAGAACCGUGUUGCCAUUUUGGCUGAAUUGGACAAGGAGAAAAGACGCUUGAUACAGAACUCCUCCAUGAAUAACCCUGGAGCCAGCAUCCCUCUCUCCAGACCAGCCCUGAAUAAAGACUUCAGAGACCACGCGGAGCAGCAGCACAUCGCUGCCCAGCAGAAAGCAGCUCUGCAGCAUGCCCAUGCUCACUCUUCUGGAUUCUUCAUCACUCAAGACUCGUCCUUCGGGAACCUGAUCCUCCCGGUGCUGCCCCGUCUAGACCCACCUCCACCAGCAGAAUAACAGAACCUUAAGAAGAAAACACCCAACGGCUAAAAGCAGCAGGUGGUUUACAGAUCACCUGUUGGGUGUUGACGAAUGGCAGCGGGGCCACAGAUCACCUGUUGGGUGUUGACGAAUGGCAGCGGGGCCACAGAUCACCUGUUGGGUGUUGACGAAUGGCAGCGGGGCCACAGAUCACCUGUUGGGUGUUGACGAAUGGCAGCGGACCACAGAUCACGUGUUGACGAAUGGCAGCGGGGCCACAGAUCACCUGUUGGGUGUUGACGAAUGGCAGCGGACCACAGAUCGACCAUUCGGAUUCUGUUGAAUUGCCACUGUUCGUCGACACACAGCACAUCGUUUAGUGCACAAGGCCGACGUUCGUUUCUGGUGUUUUCUCCACGAACAGACAUAGUGACUUUGUUACAAGGACUUUCUGAACAAGGUCUUGGAUUGUUUGUUGAAGCUAAGGGUCAUGUUAUUUCUGUCUAUUUUUGGUGCACCGUACAUCAUGUGGUUUUGAAAGACAAAUGUCAUUUUUCUAACAUUUUUUUAUAAAUGGAAAAAUAAUCAAAUAAAGAUCAAGUCAACAACAA